AUGACAACUUCAAGUUCUAGAGGGCAAUUGUUAUAUGGACCUGAAGAUCCGUCAGUUCUAUAUCUUCAGAAACAACACAUAUCAAAUAAACUACUGACGGAAGGCACAUCACAUAUUUUCAAAGUUCGCCGGACGGAAAGUAAGACAUGGGAUGUGGAUAUUCAUGCCAAUGUGAGGCAUUGGCUUAACAUGUUUGGUUUUGGAGGCGUGAUCGAAUGUGGGAAGUCGAUGAAGGUCGACAACGAGCUUAUAACUGCUUUGAUUGAGCGUUGGAGGCCGGAGACACAUACUUUCCAUCUACCGGUUGGAGAGGCGACAGUCACCCUAGAAGAUGUGCAAGUCCUGUGGGGCUUGAGAGCGGACGGUCGUGUUUUCACAGGCCGUGACCAUCAUACCAGAUAUGAUGAUUGGCCCAGCAAGUGCCGAGAUUUGUUGGGAUGGAUACCCGAUGCAGCAUCAGAGACAAAGCAAGGCGGUAUGCUGAUGACCGCUCUGAUCAACCAAACGAGGAUACCUUUGGGUGAUGACCUACCUCCUUAUGUCUACAUCCAAAGGGCACGUAUCCAUGCCUUAAUCUUGUUAGGAGGAUUGAUUCUACCAGACACUACUGGGUGUAAGGUUCAUUUCAUGUGGCUAAAUGCAUUUGAGGAUCAAGACGAUGUGAUAAAUAUUAGUUGGGGAAGUGCAGCUUUAUCGUACUUGUAUCAUUAUCUGUGCGAGGCUUCCGUGGACAAGAGGAAAGAGUUGGGCGGGCCCAUGAUUCUUCUGCAGCUUUGGGCGUGGGAAAGAAUGCCUACAUUGAGGCCGUCAUUCGUAGUAGCGCCUGUGCACGAGCCGUAUACGCCAUGUGGCGCUAGAUGGAAAGGAACUACUCAGAUAGGAAAUGCUCCUAGAUAUUCGGUGGAGCAUUACCGUGAUCAAAUAUCCUUGAUUAAACCUGGCCAGUUUGUAUGGACACCAUAUGUGGAUCGCAUAUUGCCAGACUACUGCAAUGAUGUGAAUGAGUGCUAUAUGUGCGACACUUAUUUGGUAUGUUGGUCGUAUGUCGAGGCGCAUGAGGCUGGACGAGUGCGCAGACAAUUUAAUCGAUACCAGGGGAUUCCUCAAUCCAUAGAUAGGAUGCUCAAAAACGCCGAUCAUUUGGGUAAAAAUGAUCGGCGUGGUAAGAAGGGUACUGAUUGGGAAAAGAUGCAUCAGUUCUUCAUUGGGGAGUGGGACAUGAGGUAUGAAAGGUUCCAGGCAACCGUAGAUGCCGCGACGAUGUCCAUAAACAUUCCAUUGAAUCCGGGAUAUAUGGCGUGGUAUAACAAGAUUACAGUGACGUACCUAACUCAACCUGGGGGGGUACGGACAACUGCUGGGAUGAACGAGUCGGCUUCGUCGAUUAGAUUAGUUGUUGAGGGUUUUCAGGAGAUUUGGCAUAUGACUACUGAACAAGAAAUAGACCCAAGAAUACGACGAUUUCGUGAAAUCGCUAGGCAUGCCCUUCAGUCAACGAACCACGGUGAUGUCAUGGAGUACCAACUUCCCAACACCGCGAUGUGGUCAUGCCUUUUGAACCACAAGACGUUCCACCACGUCGAAGUCAUAGAGUGGGGGGUGCUCGAACUGGUGGGCACGGUAACACAAAACAGAUAA